CUGGGUUCGAGUUAGGGGGAAUUCAAGCUGAGCUGGACAGAAAACUGCCUGGAUUGAGCAGCAGGGGAGACCUGUGUGUCAGCUAACUGGCGCCUCUGCAUCUGAGUGAGGUGCAAAAAUAUCUGGGUCUCGGUGGAAGGACUGGGGAUACCUGAGAUGCUCGGGGUCAUCGAUGUGGCCGGAUUUGUGUUAGUGGAGAAAGAACGACACAUAGAGCAGGCAUCUGGCAUCUACUAUCUUGAGCUGGUCCAAACUCCUUCCGCAAUCUCUCAGUCUAUAUCCACCUCCGCUUGAACUACUCUGAUGGUGGCACAGUCUCAUCUAUCAUCAACUCCACUCCCUGGGUGACACAGAGACGCAACUCUAAAAUGCUCCUUUCCUUCUGAUCAGAGACCAGCGCAAAGCUAAGAAUUUGAACUCUGCCCCAGAUGUCCCCCAAGCCAGGCCAGUCCAUCACAGGCCGAUUUCAGUUAGGUUUUGCUCAGACUCCUGGUUUGGGAAACUCAACCAUCUCUAUGAUUUGGAGAUGGUCUCUACUUCUUUGCAAACUCCUUUCCUGCUUCGUGCCAGGAGGGAACAGGACUUAACACAGCUUGGUCCAGAUAGAGGGUUAGGAUUGAUCUUCCGAUCUGGGAUGGAAGAAGGGAGUUGGCUACCUCCGUACCAGGGAGGACAGAGGGGUUAAGGACACAGAAGACAGUCUUCUAGGAGCAGGACCAGAGACUAGGGACAAUCCUUUCUAAACCCAAGACCAGGUCAGUUAGGUCUCAGUUGAAGGACAAAGAAGGCUGAGUCUCCACUGGAGGUCAGGGAUGCCUGGCUAAAUGAAGUCCAGAGGAAAAAGGCUAACCCUUGACUUUCUCCUUUCUUUCCACUUCAGCGCCAGGAUGUUGACCACUGCUCUUCUUGCCCUUCUCUGUGCAUCCGCCUCAGCCAGUGCCAUUCAGGCUACGUCCUCCUCCUCCAAUGGAGAGUAUGGAGGCAGAGGAGGGCAGCGAUUCUCCCAUUCUGGUUACCAGCUGGCAGGCCCCAUCACCGCCAUCCGUAUCCGGGUCAACAGAUACUACAUCGUAGGGCUCCAGGUCCGCUAUGGCAAGGUGUGGAGCGACUAUGUGGGUGGCACGCGGGGAAACCUGAAGGAGAUCUUCCUGCACCCUGGGGAGUCAGUGAUCCAGGUGUCUGGCAAGUACAACUACUACGUGAAGCGGCUGGUCUUCGUGACUGACAAGGGCCGCUACCUGCCUUUUGGGAAAGGCAGAGGCAGGGGUUUCAAUGCUGUCCCCUUGUACCCCAACACUGUGCUUCGAUUCAUCAGUGGCCGCGCUGGCUCCCUCAUCAACGCCAUCAGCCUGCAUUGGGACAUCUACCCCAGUGACUGUGGCAGUUGCUGAGCCUCAGCUUCGUCCCAGACCGGGCACCGCAAGGGGGUGUGAGAACCUCUUUACCAUGAACCUCAUCCACAUGGCUCAAUAAAAAAGCUAAAAGGACAUAGCUAUCGCCUGUGUCUGUGGGGGUGUGCCGCUGGGAUCUGCCUCCUGGCUCUGGCUCUGGAGGUGCGAAGCUCGUUUCUGGCUAUCUGUUGGACGGACGUCAUUCUGGG